GGUCUCGUUGCCUGCAUGAGUGUCUGCUGCCUGCCUGCCUGACUCUGGACCGUAGUUUGCCAGCUUUCCUGCUGUCGCUCCGCAGCUGGAUGGCGUGGGACAUGUGCAACCAGGACUCUGUAUGGAGUGAACUCGAGUGUGCUGCUCUGGUUGGUGAAGACCAGCCUCUUUGCCCAGAUCUGCCAGAACUUGACCUCUCCGAACUAGAUGUGAACGACUUGGAUGCAGACAGUUUUCUGGGGGGACUCAAGUGGUACAGCGACCAGUCAGAGAUCAUCUCCAGUCAGUACAGCAAUGAACCCGCCAAUAUAUUUGAGAAGAUAGAUGAAGAGAGUGAGGCAAACUUGCUAGCUGUUCUCACUGAAACACUGGACAGCAUCCCUGUGGAUGAGGAUGGAUUGCCUUCAUUUGAUGCACUGACCGAUGGAGAUGUGACCAACGAAAAUGCCGCUAGCCCUUCCCCAAUGCCUGACGGCACCCCUCCAACUCAGGAGGCAGAAGAGCCGUCUCUACUUAAGAAGCUCUUGCUGGCUCCAGCCAACACUCAGCUAAAUUACAAUGAAUGCAGUGGUCUCAGCACACAAAACCAUGCAAACACUAAUCACAGGAUCAGAACAAGCCCUGUGGUUGUUAAGAGUGAGAAUUCAUGGAGCAAUAAAGCGAAGAGCAUUUGUCAACAGCAAAAGCCUCAAAGACGUCCCUGCUCUGAACUUCUCAAAUAUCUGACUACGAGUGAUGACCCUCCUCAGACCAAACCAACAGAGAACAGGAACAGCAGCAAAGAGAAAUGCGCCUCCAAAAGGAAGCCCCAUCUGCAGUCUCAGACAAAUCAUCUGCAAGCCAAACCAACGAGUUUAUCACUUCCAUUGACACCCGAGUCACCAAAUGAUCCCAAGGGUUCCCCAUUUGAGAACAAGACUAUUGAACAAACCUUAAGUGUGGAACUCUCUGGAACUGCAGGCCUAACUCCACCUACAACCCCUCCUCAUAAAACCAACCAGGAUAAUCCUUUUAGGACUUCACCUAAGCCGAAGUCGUCAUGCAAGACUGUUGUACCACCCUCAAAAAAGCCCCGCUAUAGUGAGUCUUCCAGUUCUCAAGGAAAUAACCCAAUCAAGAAGGGUCCAGAACAGUCUGAGCUGUACGCACAGCUCAGCAAGACUACAGUACUGUCCAGUGGACAUGAGGAGAGAAAGACAAAACGGCCCAGUUUGCGGCUGUUUGGUGACCAUGACUACUGUCAAUCUGUGAAUUCAAAAUCAGAAAUACACAUUAAAAUGUCCCAGGAACUUCAGGACUCCAGACAACCAGAAUUUAAGGAUUCUUCACCUGGGUGGCAGUGUCAGAUUUGUUCUUCUUUAGAACAAGACCAUUAUUUCAAGAAAGAGACUUUACAGACAAGUAAGCAGGGGUCCCAUGGUAAUAACAGAAAACAGCUCCAAGACCAGGAAAUUCGGGCUGAACUGAAUAAGCAUUUUGGUCACCCCAGCCAAGCUGUUUUUGAUGAAGAAGCAGAUAAGACCAGAGAACUAAGGGACAGUGAUUACAGUAAUGAACAAUUCUCCAAACUACCUAUGUUUAUAAAUUCAGGACUAGCAAUGGAUGGUCUCUUUGAUGACAGUGAAGAUGAAAGUGAUAAACUAUGCUACCCUUGGGAUGGGACACAAGCCUAUUCAUUAUUUGAUGUAUCGCCAUCUUGCUCUUCUUUUAACUCUCCAUGCAGAGAUUCAGUGUCUCCACCCAAAUCCUUAUUUUCUCAAAGAUCCCAAAGGACACGCUCUAGAUCAAGGUCCUUUCCUCAACGCAGGUCUUGUUCCCGUUCUCCAUAUUCCCAGUCAAGAUCAAGGUCGCCCUGUAGUAGAUCAUCUUCAAGAUCUUGUUGCUAUUAUGAGUCCAGCCACUGUAGACACCAAACAUAUGGAAGUUCUCCCUUACGUGCAAGAUCACGAUCCAGAUCACCGUACAGUCGCAGACCCAGAUAUGACAGCUAUGAGGAAUAUCAGCAUGAAAGGCUGAAGAGGGAAGAAUACCGCAAAGAGUAUGAAAAACGGGAAUCUGAAAGGGCCAAACAAAGGGAGAGACAGAGGCAGAAAGCAAUUGAAGAACAUCGUGUGAUUUAUCUGGGUAAAAUCAGACCUGACACAACUCGAACAGAACUAAGGGACCGCUUUGAAGUUUUUGGUGAAAUUGAGGAGUGCACUGUAAAUUUGCGAGAUGAUGGAGACAGCUAUGGUUUCAUCACCUACCGCUAUACUUGUGACGCCUUUGCUGCUCUUGAAAAUGGAUAUACUUUACGCAGGUCAAAUGAACCUGACUUUGAGCUGUACUUUUGUGGACGCAAGCAAUUUUGCAAGUCUAACUAUGCAGACCUAGAUUCAAACUCAGAUGAUUUUGAUCCUGCUUCCACUAAAAGCAAGUAUGACUCCAUGGAUUUUGAUAGUUUACUUAAAGAGGCACAGCGGAGCCUGCGUAGGUAACAUGCAUCACACCUGAGGAAAAUGGAGGGAUGGCGAAUACCUCACGGACAUCACGUCCUUCAAUAAUGGACAAUUUAAAAGUCAUACUUAGGAACUUCUACUUUACACUCUC